ACUACAAUGGCAAAGCAUGAUUCUGGACGUCUUGCUGCUAUAGUGGUUUCUGUUGUCGGCUAUGGGAUAAGCUUGGUGUUCAAUGCGCUGUCAGUAGUUGGGAUCGGUCCCUAUUAUACAACUACAGCCAAUGUGUCUGCGGUGUUUGACACCCAGAUCACACCUUCAGGAUGGACCUUCAACAUCUGGAGCAUCAUCUAUGUCUGGCUCACAGCCAUGAUCGUCUACAUCGUCUCCGCUCUUUGCAGAAAGAAUGGUUAUGGCUACGUUUACUGCAACCCUCCAGUGCUACCUUAUGGAUUCUUCAUCAGCUGGUGCCUCAAUCUGUGUUUUAAUAUUGGCUGGCUGGUUGUGUGGGACAGAGGAAUAAUGAUCGCUGCCCUGGUCUUUCUCAUCCUGGUCAUCCUCACAAACUACUCCAUGAUCUGCUUCAUCUGUCAUGGGCUUAAUGUUUACGGACCUUGGCUCAAGAAAUACCACAAAGUCGACCUGUGGCUCAUCCGUGUGUUGAUUCAAAACGGUGUGGCGAUAUACACAACAUGGACAACCAUCGCGACUCUGAUCAACCUGACCAUUGUGCUGACGUAUGAAGUGAAGAUGUCUCCAACAGACGCUGCCACCAUCUCAUACUCUGUUUUAUCUGUUGCGUUGCUCGUAUGGUUUGUUUUGGAAAACUUGGUCCUCGACAAACAUGUGCGGUACAUCCUCAUCAUCUACCCUGUUGUGAUCUGGGCUCUGUCUGGAAACCUGGACAAAAACUAUGACGAGGUGUCACCCGGAGUCAAUGGCAUCUUUAUUGUUGUGCUGCUGGCCGUCGCCUCUGCGCUGUUUGUCGUCAGGAUUUCUUUGGUGGUUUGGAAACACAUCAAACAGCCGCUCUACGAAGACGCCAGUGCAGAUGCCAUGGAGCCGAUGGAUAUCGCCCAGAAGCAGAAGAAGAUAUUCCGCUAAACCAUUUAAUUUUUUACAGUCUUACAUUUCAUGUCACGUUUCAUUGAUAAUAUAUGUUCUGCUUCACAAUACAUUGUUAAUAAUCGUGAAGCAAAAUGUUUUAAUUAGCUAAUUCUGAUGUAUUUUUAUCAAUUUUUCAUAAUGUGUAGUAAGUUAUAAAAUGCAACACGCCAUAAUUUGCAUGGUUCUAAUCUGCAAUACUAUUUUCAACCUUGGCUGACUGCUCCCUGGACCUUUUAUGGCUCUUUUCUAACACAUUGAUUGCUCACACCACCCAUAAUACUGUGAUAAGGAGAUUCUAUUACACUGCAUGUGUCAAGAGUAAAAGUAUAAACAUCGUGUACGUUAUCACAUAUUCUUAGAAAUUGUAGUUUUAUUGUGUUGGGUGGAAAGGUCAAAAGUUGUAGAUUGAGACAAUGUGAAGGAAUUAAUGGUCGAGGACUUG